AGUCACGGCCCUGCUCUGAUCACACAGGCCUGAGCUCUGAGUGUGGAGAGGAGAGCCCUCCCUUGUCUAAAGGCUGAGGCUGUCCUCCAUGUUUUAUAAGUAUUGACAUUACACUGUUUCAGCCAUGCAUCCACAGAGUUUGGCUGUGGAGGAAGUAAAGACGGAGUCCGAUGCUGUUGAUGGGAUGGAGGUGUCCAUGCCACCCAAAGCGGCCCCUGAUCUGGGAUCAGCGGAACAGGCGCUGACUGCGCAGAAGAGGAAAGCACCCAGUCCUCCACAUUCCUCAAACGGACACUCUCCCUCUGACACGUCACCCAGUCCCAUAAAGAAGAAGAAGAAACCAGGAUUAAUCCACAACAGUAAAGACCAAUGUGAGCUUAGACAUGGUCCCUUUUACUAUGUCAAGCAGCCCGCACUCACCACAGACCCUGUUGAUGUUGUACCGCAGGACGGGCGGAACGACUUCUACUGCUGGGUGUGUCACCGCGAGGGCCAGGUGCUCUGCUGUGAGCUCUGCCCGCGCGUCUACCACGCCAAGUGCCUCAAACUGGCCGCAGAGCCUGAGGGCGACUGGUUCUGUCCAGAGUGCGAGAAAAUAACUGUGGCUGAAUGCAUAGAGACUCAGAGUAAAGCUAUGACCAUGCUGAACUUGGAGCAACUGUCCUACCUGCUGAAGUUUGCUCUGCAGAAGAUGAAACAGCCAGGGACGGAACCGUUUCAGAAGCCAGUGUCCCUGGAGCAGCACCCAGAUUAUGCCGAAUAUAUAUUUCACCCAAUGGACCUGUGCACUCUAGAGAAGAAUAUCAAGAAGAAAAUGUAUGGUUGCACAGAAGCAUUUUUGGCUGACGUGAAGUGGAUUCUACACAACUGUAUCAUUUAUAAUGGAGGGAACCACAAGCUAACAGCAACUGCUAAAGUUAUUGUCAAGAUCUGUGAACAUGAAAUGAAUGAAAUUGAGGUUUGUCCAGAGUGCUACCUGUCCGCCUGUCAGAAGAGGGACAACUGGUUCUGUGAACCUUGUUCUCAGCCUCACCCUCUGGUCUGGGCUAAACUGAAAGGUUUCCCCUUCUGGCCUGCUAAAGCCCUGAGAGACAAGGACGGUCAGGUGGACGCACGGUUUUUUGGCCAGCAUGACAGAGCCUGGGUGCCCAUAAACAACUGUUACCUCAUGUCUAAGGAGAUCCCCUUCUCUGUGAAGAAGACCAAAAGCAUCUUCAACAGCGCCAUGCAAGAAAUGGAGGUCUACGUGGAAAACGUGCGCAAGAAAUACAGCGUGUUCAACUACGCGCCGUUCAGGACGCCUUACACACCCAACAACCAGUUCCAAAUGCUGCAGGACCCUAGUAACCCUAAAAAAGGCACGGUGAAGAAUGAGAAACAGGACAAAGUCAAGUUCAACUUCGAUAUGACCGCAUCCCCCAAGAUGCUACUGGGUAAGACAGUGAUGUCAGGAGGGGCGGGACGACGGAUCUCUGUGACGGACAUGCCCAGAUCGCCAAUGAGCACCAACUCCUCGGUCCACACGGGGUCGGACCUGGAGCAGGACGAGCGAGGGGCGAGAGUGUCUUCGAGUCACUAUAGCGCCGGUGAAGACUCAAUGGAUUAUACAGCGUCCCCUGCGUCUCUGAAGACAAGCGGCAGCCCCAAGCCUCUCCUACCCACGCCGGUUAAACAGGAAAGGAGCUCAGCCACGGGAGGCAUUCUCAACCUCAAUCUUGAUCGCAUUAAAGCUGAAAUGGACCUGAAGGAGUUGAGUGAGACUGUACAACAACAGCAGCAGCAGCAAGGGACGUCCGUUCUCCUCACCUCUCCCAAAAAACCUACUAGGAGUUUGGAUAAAACUAUAGAGAGCUGCAAGGCCCAGCUGGGAAUCGAUGAGAUCUCAGAUGACGUGUACCGCGGUGUUGAGCACAGUGAUUCGGACGACUCGGACAAAUCUGACUCCAGUGACAGCGAAUACAUGUCUGACGACGAGCAGAAGCCGAAGAACACUAACCACAACAGCAGUGUCCACAAAGACUCCAAAAAGAGACCCAGACCUCCAUCUGCUCAAGGGCAAGACCAAGACGCCGCCCCAUCAACCGCUGGAGGAACUACAGGUGGGGACAAGAAAUCCUCAGAUCCCCAGACCAAAGAGAAGUUAAGUGGUGGCGUGGACAAAGACCCUCAGGAGAAGAACAAACCCCUGCAGCCGACCCAGAAGGAGCGGUCACAGCCUGGGCAGGACGUCCGGCCCGCCGGACCAGAGCCGGAUGUGGACUCGGACUCUGAACGGGAGCUGGUUAUAGACCUCGGUGAAGAACCAGGUGGGAGGGAAAAGAAGAAAGCCAAGCGAGAGACUCCAUCAGCUCCCGUCUCCACACCUAAAGAUCAGACGGGCAUUAAAACAGAUGGUAAAGCUCCUGCAUCUACCAGCAUAUCAGCUUCUCCAUCCACAGAGAACGCUUCAUCUUCCUCCAAUCCUGGUCCAAAAGAUGCAGCCUCAUCAGCCAUCAAGCCUCCAGCCACCGUCACAACAGCAUCUACCACUCAAGCCACCUCCACCUCCACCGCUCAGCCCGUGUCUACCGUCCCUGCCGCUUCCAAUGUGGUGAAGAAACAGCGCCCUCUGCUGCCCAAGGAGAGCACACAGCCGGCCCAAAGGCCUGCGACGUGGAACCAGGCUGGUGGUAAAUUCCAGACCUCGUCUCAGAAGUGGCACAUGCAGAAGGUGCAGAGACAGCAACAACAAGGAGAGACGGUUCCUCAAACAGCGGCACAGAGCCAAGCGCAGCCCCAGACUUCAGCCAACAACUCCAGCACACGCUACCAAACCAGACAUGACUCCAGCACACGCUACCAAACCAGACAGUGUGUCAAAGCUGUUCAACAGAAAGACACCUCACCUGUUAACACAGGGUCUGGUACGUCCACUUCCAGCCUGGCUGGAGACUUCCUCACCCCUCCUGCCUCUGCUGACGUCGCCGCUGACAUCGCCAAGUACACCACUAAGGUGAUGGACGUGAUCAAGGGAACAAUGACAGAGAUAUACAAUGAUCUCUCUAAGAGCACGACGGGGAACACCAUUGCAGAGAUCCGGCGGUUGCGGAUUGAGAUUGAGAAACUCCAGUGGUUGCAUCAGCAGGAGCUGUCAGAGAUGAAACAUAACCUGGAGCUGACCAUGGCUGAAAUGAGGCAGAGUCUAGAGCAGGAGAGAGAGCGGCUGGUGUCAGAGGUCAAGAAACAGAUGGAGGUGGAGAAACAGCAGGCGGUGGAUGAGACCAAGAAGAAGCAGUGGUGUGCCAACUGCAAGAAAGAGGCCAUUUUCUACUGCUGCUGGAACACAAGUUACUGCGACUACCCAUGCCAGCAGGCACACUGGCCCGAACACAUGAAAUCCUGCACACAGUCAGCCACAGCAUCUCAGCCUGAAACUGAAGCAGAAGCCAGUUCGGACACAGCCGGAAAACCUGUAGGACAGUCCCCUAAAACCCAACCGCCAUCUACCGGAGAAAGAACAUCACCCGCAAACCACGGACCCUCCCCUUCCACAGACAACACUAAAGGCAGCUCCUCCGUUGCUGUCUCGUAACCCGAGCGCAGGAGCCUUUUCAUCACCAGAACGGUGCCAUUCAAAGAGAGUCAGAUGUGAACACCAAAGGACCUUGACUCAUUUCAAACAGACUGUUUAUUGUUCAGUGUGGUCAUGACAUGAUGUCAGCACACUUCCUGUUCACUACAUCAAACUCGACAUUAGGACAAUGCCUAUAGAAGUUUGAUUCAUUUCUACGUACAUUUCGUAUUUGAAUUUGUGACUUGUUUAGUACAAAGACGGAAACACCCUUUGAUAUAAAAUAUGCAACUGUAAAACUGUUGUGCUUUUUUUUUUUUUUUUAUACAUAUCAACUUUUGUAAACUUCAACAAUUGUGUUUGAUCAAUAUAAUUUUUUUUCUCUUAAUGUGAAAGAUGCACUUAGAAGUGCCUCUGGAAGAGUACGUUCACUAUACAAAGCUAAAGGUAAAUGAAGAGCGUGUUUGUA